AUGUUUUCCUCCAUAAUAGACAAGGAUACCGAUUUGUCAAAUGUGGAGAAGCUGCAGCACCUGCGUUCCUGCCUGAAAGGACCAGCACUAGACACUAUUUCGUCUCUAGAGUUCACGCACGCCAGCUAUCCCAUCGCGCUAGACCUCCUUGAUAAGCGUUUUAAUAACAAACGUUUAAUUUUUCAGGCGCAUGUCACGGACAUUCUGGGUGUUCCGCGCGUAGAGGCUUCGUCUGUGUCGCAACUUCGGUCUUUGUCGGACACUGUGAAUUCUAAUCUUCGGGCUUUGCAGAGUAUGGGAACAACGGAGCAGAUUGCAGACUGUAUCUUGAUACACAGCCUGCUGCAGAAGGUGGACAGCGCUACGCAAGCCAAGUGGGAGGAAACGUCAUCGCUGGACAGCAUACCCACAAGCCAACAAUUCACCGCUUUUCUGGAGCAAAGAUGUCAGAAGUUGGAGAAUCGGGAGCACGCUAUGGCAAUACCCUCGCCCACGGAACCCGUUGUCUCUUCAUUCCCGCACCCUGAAGCGCAGCCACAGUCCUCAGCUGCCUCUCUGGUUGCACAGAACUCUUGCAGGGAUGUUGUGCUCUUAGCCACUGCAGUUGUUCUGCUGAGGGAUCGUGCUGGAUCGCUCGUACCAUGUCGGGCACUCUUGGACUCCGGAUCACAAAUGCACCUUAUAACCUCCAGCCUCGCCCAACAACUUAGACUGAAAAGGACCAUGUCGUCGGCCGCAGUAUCGGGUCUUGGGGAUUCCAGUUUUGUAUCGGAGGGCUAUACUGUGGGACUCAACUUGCAGUCCCAAGCCUCUGACUACAGUACCAGUUUCGUCGCGUUGGUAGCUCCCACAAUCACCGAGCAGCAGCCCAGCUUUUCAGUUGACGUUUCUGGUUGGAAAAUUCCGCCGAAUUUACCAUUGGCAGAUCCGCAGUUCUUCAGGCCACAGCGUAUUGACCUGCUCAUUGGGGCUAGCCUAUUCUUCGAGCUGCUGUGCAUUGGCCAAAUCAAAUUGGAUGUUGGCUUGCCAUCGCUUCAGAAGACUCGCCUUGGAUGGGUGGUUUCAGGAGGUGGUCAGCAAACGCGUAGGACAGCCUUACUUGGGGCUCAGGCCUCAUCUGACGCCAGGCAGGAGUCUCUUGAUCAAGUGGAACUGUUACUGAGGCGUUUCUGGGAGGUUGAAAGUUCCACUGAAGAUUCGGUAAUGGUCAAGCAGGAGGAUGUCGAUUGUGAAGAUCACUUCAAAGCAAAUUUCUCGCGCCUGUCAUCUGGAGAGUUUGCCGUGAAGCUGCCCAUCAAGAAAAGUUUGGAUAUCUUGGGCGACUCAUACACGCAAGCAUAUCGGCGGUUCCUCAACUUGGAGCGGAAACUUGAGCGUCGUCCGCAGCUGAAGGCUCAGUACGCAUCUUUCAUUAGGGAGUACCAAGAGCUUAAUCAUAUGUCGUUGGUGGAAUCAGAACUGCUCAGUCGUUGUCGCUAUUUUCUACCGCAUCAUUGCGUGUUUAAGGAGGACAGCACGACCACCAAAUUGCGGGUUGUGUUCGAUGGAUCUGCCACAACAUCAACAGGUUUUUCGUUAAACGAGGUCCUAAUGGCGGGGCCUACUAUCCAGCCAAAGCUGCUACAUACGCUGCUUCGUUUUCGUACGUUCCUCAUUGCGCUGACUGGUGACAUUUGCAAGAUGUACAGGUGUGUCCGAGUAUCUGAGCCGGACAAUUACCUGCAGUGCAUCUUAUGGAGGGAUUCCCCUCACGAGGAUGUGAAGGCGUUCAAGCUCGACACAGUAACAUAUGGAACCAAACCGGCUUCCUAUCUUGCAAUUCGUUCCAUGCUCCAAUUGGCAGAAGAAGAGAGGGCUGCAUUUCCCAUUGGCUCGGAAGUGUUGACCUCCAACUUCUAUGUCGACGAUUUGAUGACUGGAGGAGGAUCUGUAGAGGAAGUGCGCGAAAAGAUGAGGCAGACAUCCCAGUUAUUGGCUCGGGGAAGGUUCCCAAUUCGGAAAUGGUGCUCCAACGUCCCUGGCGUACUUGAGGGAAUUCCUGACAAGGAUAAGGAAACGCUGCUAAGGUUCGACGAUGGCACCGACUUCACAAAGGCUCUUGGAUUGGUUUGGGAGCCUUCAUCUGAUAAUUUUCUCUUUUCGGUAGUACCCACGCAGCUGCCAUCAAAGCCGACGAAACGUUCAAUGUUGUCAACGAUUGCUCGUUUUUAUGAUCCUUUAGGACUGAUUGGGCCUGUCAUCGCAAAGGCAAAGAUUUUCCUUCAGUUGGUAUGGAAGGAGCAGCUCCAAUGGGAUGAGAGUCUGCCAGAGUCUCUUUCAUCAGCGUGGACCAUUUUCUGCGAGAGUUUGUCCACCCCUCAACUGUUUAGAUUUCCUCGUCUGUCAGUUCUCCCCAAUUCAACAGUGGAAGUUCACGGGUUUUGUGACGCCAGCCUAGAUGCCUAUGGAGCAUGUAUUUACGUUGUGUCAAGGACAAAUAAUCGCGCGCACGUGCAACUUCUGUGUGCGAAGUCUCGUGUCGCCCCUCUUAAGGUAUUGACGGUGCCCAAGUUGGAGUUAUGUGGCGCUGACUUGCUUUCUCAAUUGAUCAGUGAGAUACAGAAACUUAAAUUGUUCACUGGAAGCUUCUAUUGCUGGUCGGACUCCACAACUGCCUUGUCUUGGGUGCGCCAUGACUCAUCAAGCUUUAACGUAUUCGUUGCAAAUCGGGUCUCAGCCAUUCAGGAGCGGACUGCUCAGAUGGAGUGGCGCUACGUGCCCACCGCCCAGAACCCUGCUGACAUAUUGUCCAGAGGCGCUUCGCCGUCAGAGCUUCUGGAAUCGCAUCUUUGGGCCCACGGGCCACCCUUUCUUCAAGAUGAGCAACCUCUGUGGCCAGCAGCGUCUAUUCAAUCUGCGCCAACACUGGAGUUGCGCAAGAGAGUCCUGAUUGCAGUUUGUCCAUUCGUAGACUUAUCUGACGGCCGAAAGUUCUCCAAUUCCUUCGGAAAGAUCCAGCGCACAUUUGGAUAUGUAUUCAAGUUUCUGCAGCGCAAAAGGUCGUCCGGAUUAACAGUAGCUGACAUCGUUGGUGGUACGCGGAUACUUCUUCGUUCGAUUCAGCGAGUGCAUUUGUGGCCUGACUACAAGACUCUGCGUGACGAACAGCAGGUGCAGUCGUCUAGCUCCAUCUCGUCACUCGCGCCGUUCCUGGAUGACCAUGGCUUGUUACGCGUCGGUGGGCGGUUGGAAAAUUCAUCACUUGAUUUCAACGCACGGCACCCAGUCAUUCUUCCAAGGCGUCAUCCCGUUACAUCUGCUGUAAUUGUGCAUGUCCAUGAGCAGAAUCUGCACGCUGGGCCUCGGUCAUUGCUCGCACUUAUUCGGCAUGAGUAUUGGCCGAUUGGAGGGCGCAAGACAGUGGCCAGCGUCGUAAAUCGCUGCACCAGAUGUUUUAAGGCCAAGCCGCGCCUGCUGCAGCAUAUUAUGGCCGACUUGCCGAAGGAUCGUGUGAAUGCGUCGUACGUUUUUGCAGUCACCGGUGUGGAUUUUUGUGGUCCGUUCUUUUAUAAGAGUGAGGUGCGGACCAGACCACCCAUCAAAUGCUACAUAUGCCUCUUCAUAUGCUUUGCCACCAAGGCCGUUCACUUGGAGCUUGUGCAGGAUCUAUCGACGCCAGCGUUCAUAAGCGCACUAAAGCGAUUCAUUUUAACUCGCGGUCGGCCCAGGGAAAUUUGGUCCGAUAACGCAACCAACUUUGUGGGAGCAAAGAACGAGUUGGCAGAGUUGAAGAAGCUGUUCCUGGCAGAAAGGCAUAUGAAGGAAGUUCAGGAGUUUUGCGUUGCGGAUCAUAUUGACUGGCGGUUUAUUCCCCCUCGCUCUCCCCACUUUGGCGGACUCUGGGAGGCUGCGGUUAAAACAGCCAAGCAUCAUUUCUAUCGUUCCGCUUCCAGCUCCUUGCUGUGCUUUGAUGACCUGAGAACGCUUGUGUGCCAUAUCACUGCCAUAAUAAACUCAAGGCCAUUGCUUCCCAUUUCAGAGCAUCCUGACGAUUUAGACAUGCUAACACCUGCGCAUUUCUUAGGUACUGCUCCAAUCCGUACCUUCGCGGAACCAGAUGUGACCGGACUCAACUUCAAUCGUCUUGAUCGCUGGCAGCAGGUCAGCUUCCUGCAGCAGACUUUCUGGUCCCGCUGGCGAGAGGAGUACCUCACGCUUCUGCAGGAGAGGGCAAAAUGGAGGACUGAGCAGCCUAACCUCAGCGUAGGCGACGUGGUCCUCGUAAAGAACGAGAACUUGCCUCCACUUAAGUGGCCGCUGGGAAGGGUGACGAAACUGAUCGCCGGCAGAGAUGGCGUUUCCAGGGUAGCUGAGCUCAAAACGGCUACUGGGAGCACCACGAGGGCUAUCGCAAAGCUUCCCACAUGGACUCUUCAUCCCUACUGGACGGAAUACGAUAAGUCUCACCUGGACUCUUCAUCACUACUGGACGGAAUACGAUUAGUCUCACCUGGACCCUUCAUCCGUACUGGACGGAAUACGAUAAGUCUCACCUGGACUCUUCAUCCUUACUGGACGGGACUACUCAUCAACCCUUUCAAGCGGCUCAGUCCCAACUGGACUCUAAGGCAAAAUUAUAUCUUCUCCAGUGAUAUCCAAUUCAUUCGCUGGAACGUGCAGGAAGUGAUGAGAUACUCCUAUCAAGUGAUUGUCUUUGGAACAGAGAUCACAUGUGCUCCUGCUUGGAUUACCGUUGCUAUGGAACGAGUGAGGCGUCCCUGGAACAGAAUUGGUUUGGGAACGGAAUGGAUUGCACUGGCUUCUGGAGUGUUACGGAUUCUGAUUACCAUUGGACGGUGGUGGGUUCAGAUCGCCUUUGGAAAUGGAUGGGUCGCACUCCAUGGCCUCUAG